UCCGGAAAUAAACAAAAAUAAAACCACUGGGAAGGUGCUUCGCUUCACUGCAGGAGCCCAACUGAUAAAUAAAGCUUGGCUUUUGCUUAUACUGGGUUUUUAUUACUAUUCACUCGGGACGGAGGAUGUCUUUCCCCUCCUCUUUCGGUUCGCAGGUCGCAGCCAUCAUGGAUGUGUUGGCGAAAGCUGCGGUCGCCGAAAUAACGAAGCUGGUGGAGGACGGUAAUGUGAUUCUUCGACUGGAGAUGUGUCGGAGGGACAGCGAGAUUCAGGAGCUCAAAAGAAGUUUGAAGCUGAUGGAGGUUGAACUCUGCAACGCUCAGGAAGCAGCCGCGACCCGAGCUACGGAGGACAAACCGGACCAAACAGCCGGGAAUCAGGUGCCGCGAAAAGAUAAAAAAGAAGAUGAGGAAACAUGCGCAGUGUAUCAGGAACCAAAGUCUGCUAAUUCACAGUUCGAGCCCGGCCAGGGAACAGAGGAGAGCCAUGUCAUGAGCCCAGCCGUGAAACACGAGCCCGCCGGUGAACUCGCCACUCAGGAAACCGCAGACAACCCUGGAACAGCAGACGUUUGCUUUGAGCUGGGAGAGCCAGAUGACCUGAUCUGGCCUCCUCCUGCUUGUAGCAUGUUUGAGAAAAGCUCUGUUGCAAUGCAGCCGCACAUUUCGCUUUUCUCCCCUCAUGCUGAGCAAUAUGCUGCUCCUGGAAAUACAGACAGUCAAUAUAACUCUUCGUCAGCCGCAGCAGAGGGCAUUGCAGAUGAUUCCUUAAGUGUGCCGAUAAAAGUAGAGGUAGAGAUUCACUCCAUGUGCAUGGGAGGUAACACUUUAGAGUUGGGAGGUACCACUUUAGAGUCUGUAGCUAAUGAACACUUCAGACACGCUUCACACCCUGCAGUCAGUCAAGACCCGUGCUCGCAACAGGCUGGGUCGUCACUAUCGCCGCCCCAUCCACAGAGGGCCACAGCAGCCAGUUUAGGGUCACACACAGAGGAUCACAUUCUCAAUAGGAACCACCUGAGAGCAAAAAGGCUUAUGAACGUUUGGAGAACAAAUCAGAAACUGUUCAUCUGCUCGGUGUGCAACAGGGGCUUCCCUCGCAUGUCUCAGCUUGAAGAACACAAGGCCUCCCACCAACUCUUCAAACCUUUCAGGUGCCUCGAAUGCGGGAAAUCGUUCACCCAGAAGACCCGGCUGAAGACACACCAGAGUGUGCACACGGGGGAGAGGCCGUUCAGUUGCAAAAUCUGCGGCAAGAUGUUUUCCAGGCAGGACAACUGCCUGAGGCACGAGCGCUUCCACAGCGGGCUGAAGCCGCACAGCUGCGGACACUGUGGCAAAAGCUUCACUGUGCUGGGUAACCUCAAAAUCCAUCAAGAGAUCCACCUGCAAGGAAGGUAGCGCUCAGAAGACAAUUUGCCCGGUGCACUUUGACAUUUUGAAUGCAUCGAAUGCAUCCAUCAUUGUAUACUAGGGGUGUAAAUCAACAUUUUUUAAAAUCACAAUACCAUUUUAUAUUGACUCUUUGGACAACAAUAUGACAUUUUCCGAUAUCUUGAAAGUCUAACUAUACAGGGGCUUGAUCGUAUUGGAUCGUGGAUCAUUGAGUCGAUGUAUCCUCCCAGUUCAACAUAUCGUUACACCCCUAUCGUUAACGUUACACCCCUACCUUUGCAGGGAGCAAAACAGGGUUGCUGGCGGUGUUCAUGGAAACAUUUGACCGUUAUGUUUACAAAUUGCUGUAACCAGUGUACAGCAUAUAUUCCAGACUCAUCAUAUUGGCCAAGCAUACCCUGCAUACUACAACACAUACUAUAUUUACACUUGUAGUUUAUUUUAUUUUUUUAGAAAUUCAUAAUGGGGAUUUCAGCCUUGGAAUCCGGUAGUGGUGUGGGCUUUUUGGGGCAGUUUUUGAUUUUAGAUAGAUUUACAGCCGUGCAACAGUUUCCUGCAACAAGCCGAUGCACUUUAUCAAGCAGGCAGGGUAUCUGCCAUCACUAAAUACACUCCUUUGUCAGUGUCAUAGAAUGUGAGUUGCGUUGUCAGCAAAAUAAGUUCAGUAACUGCAGGCUGCCAACUUAGUAUUUUUCUUAGCGUCUGUCACCUUAGAUAAUAAUAAUUUUACUUAUUUCCUUUUCAUUUCAGAAAAAGAGAGAACCGUUAUUAGAUCAGCACGCAGCACUUCAGGUAUAGGAAUCUGUAUCAGAAGAUGAAAAAUUGGGCUGAUGCAUGCCUAGCUUUUCCAGUUUCUCAUGAUCUUACUGUACAUAGAGGAGUUUUAGUGCCUUCGAAAUGUUCGGAUAUCCUCUGACUGAUUAGUACUUUUCUUUUGUAAUGCUCCUUUUAUCCCUGGACCUUCCCAGAUACAGACUGCAUGUGUUUUAAACCUAAAAUGACUGGUCACAACAUGAAGUAGUCUUCUAAAAACAGUGGGUGCACCAGUGAUGAUGAUUUACUGUACGUGUUUCAUAGUAAAGGGAGUGUGAAUGUCAGAGAUGGCAAAAGUACUCACUUCUCGUUCUCAAGUAGAAGUACAGAAACACGUGUUAAAAAAUACUCUGGUAAAAAUAGAAGUGCUGGUUUAACUUCUUUACUCAAGUAAAAGUAACAAAGUACAUGCUUGGAAAUGUGAAAAUUAGUUGUGUAAAAGUAGCCUUGCGAAUGACAAAGCUACCUGGACCACACAUGUUA